UUGGGGGACCUGCUGCUGCUGUGAAAAAGUCCUUCUUUCGCUCGUUUAGUUUGGACCUGAUUAUGAAUCAGUUUUUCCACUUUUUUCUCCACAACCUGACAAAGUGAAGAAGAUAUGUCCGCUCAAGGACUGUUAAGCACUGUUUUCUCAUGCUCGCUAAGCCCCAAAAGUAUUGCCAAGCGGAGACUGAGGCAGACCAGGAGCUUGGACUCGGCGUUGAUGCGACAUUGCGGUACCGAAGCUGAGGAGACGUCGACUAAGGGUGACUUCACUUGGAACAGCUUGUCAGGAGGCACUGUUGGCCUCAAGCCCGUCCCCCUGCAAAGCCUCUCAGAAUUGGAGAGGGUUCGUCUCCAGGAUGUGGCCUUCAAGCGAUUGCUUCGGUGUCAUGACCUGGGCUGCCACAUCACCAUCCCUAAAUAUGGCCACAAGCACAAGAAGACACUCAGGAGGAAGUUGGAUUCAUUAUCUAAAGAGAAGAGUAAAGACAAAGACACCACGCCACAGGCGUUUGGCAUACCACUGUCGCAUGUCAUAUCCAACGACCGCAUGCGCAAGCUGCGGCACGAUCACCCACGGGAAGAGCACAGUGACCCCACUGAAUUGAUGCUAUCCUUCCUUCAUCUUACAUCUAGCUACAAAAGGGCUAACAAAGAGCUCUCCAGCAGCAACUCGUCACUGAGCUCCACUUCUGAGACCCUUAAUGAAUCACCACUGCCCAGCACACCAGACAUAGCCCCACGGACACGCAGACGGGGCGGAGUGUCUGUGGAUUGCAUCACUGACCUUGAUGACAACCAGUCUCGGCUCUUGGAGGCACUCCAGCUGUCUCUGCCAGAAGAGGCAGCUGGCAACACGAAGAAGCACCAUGAUGAAAAGCUCAGCCUUAACCCUAUUUACAGACAGGUGCCCAAGAUAGUGGACCAGUGCUGCCAGCACCUGGAAAAAUACGCCCUACAGACAAUUGGAAUUUUUCGUGUUGGGAGUUCCAAGAAGAGAGUACGACAACUUCGUGAGGAAUUCGACCAGGGAUGGGAGGUUUACAUGGAUGAAGAGCACAGCGUCCAUGAUGUAGCUGCAUUGCUUAAAGAAUUCUUGAGAGACAUGCCUGAGUCACUGCUGACAAAAGAACUUUAUACAGCCUUCAUCAAUACAAUGUUGCUGAAUUUUUCAGAGCAAGACAGUGCCAUCCAGCUCCUGGUGUUUAUGCUUCCUCCCUGUAACAGCGACACGCUACAACGCCUCCUCGGCUUGUUGUCCACUGUGUCUGCACAUGCUGAAGACAGCCUGGACAGUGAGGGACAUAAGGUUACAGGCAACAAGAUGACAUCGCUUAAUUUAGCUACCGUCUUUGGACCCAACCUCUUACACAAGCAAAAAAACUCAGACAAAGAAUUUGCAGUAGAGAGUUUUGCCCGUGCAGAGGAGAGUGCAGCCAUCAUCGGCGUUGUCCAAAAGAUGAUCGAUACAUAUGAUACGCUGUUUAUGGUGCCCCCUGACCUGCAGAAUGAGUUGUUGAUGAGUUUGCAGGAAACAGAUCCUGAUGUGGUGGAUUAUUUACUGCGGAGAAAGGCCUCACAAUGCUCAGAGCCCAGCCUUAGGUCAGAAGAGUCGUUCUCUCUGACUGACAGACGCUUGUCCAGUGACUCACACAAGCCAUCUAGUGGAGAGGUUUCUCCCUAUGACAAUAACUCCCCCGUCCUGUCCGAUCGACCGCGGUUUAAAUACACAGAGGACGGCAGUCUGCUCUCAGACAGAGUUCCCAGACAGGACAAACUCAGAGACCAAUCAAAAGACAACUCUGGCAGUACCUCCCCUACACUUUCUACUGACAAAGAGGCCUCAGCUGACAGUUUCUGGGACACCUGGCAUGAGCUGUUCGGAAAGGAUUUCACUGGCAUCGCCGGAUACCUUGGAGACGUGUCGGAAUGUGACUCAUACGGCUCAUCCGAGGGGCUGAGCAGUCACCAAGGUAACAACAAGCUGUCUGUCAGUGCAACACAAAUGUCAUUGGGCGUUUCGGAAUGCAGGCCACACCCUCCGGUGACUCGCUGCAGCAGUGGUCCUGAUGACCAGAGAGAGCAGAGACACCCAGAAUCGUUAUUAUUACAUCAGGCAAUGAGCAGCCAAUCAGGAGCUGUUAGCUCAGACAACUUAGCACAAAGGACAGGAUGCACUGAAUGUCCAUUACUCCAGGUCAGGACUGACAGUUUAUCUUCCCUUAACUGCUCUCGACCUCUAAGAGAGACUCAUAUUUCUCACUCCACACCCUCCCUCUUAAAAUCUCAGCAUGACCCCCAAAUCCCACAACAGUCCCAGCAGAGCGCUGACUUCAAGAUUGUAGAUACAUCAGAUGCCACUGGGCCUGGAGAGGAAAAAGGCCCUGAUUCUUCAAAUUGGCAGAAAGAGAGGUGGCAUAUAUGGAAGAUGAUGUCAAAAGAAAAUCCAGAAGCUCUACCAGAAACAUUGGUGUGACCCACUCUUAACUGAUAAGCAGACUGUGGAUCAAUGUUUUUUUAAAAACAUGUGCACGUCUCCUGUCACAUCAUCAGGUUAUCAUUGUGUGCAGUUAACAUUAUCAGUUGAUUUUAGUGUUUUAUACUGAAUAUAAAAUGCUAAAUGAUAUAUACUUGUUAUUGUUAUUUUGCACUAACUAUAUAGUUUAAGCAUGAUUUUGUAUGUUUUUGUAUUUUUUUUUAAACAGAACCAUCAAAAACUUGUAUGUAGACUUGAAUGUAAUAAUUGGACUUGAAUAUUGUUUUAUAUUAUGAAAUGUAAAUAUAAAAAAUUGUUUUUUUAAUAUUUCUUUAAAUUUAUAGCAACCUAAUCUUGACACAUCUGUAAAUGCUGCAAUAAUAUGUGUGUGUCUUGAGUCCAUGGCUCAUUGUUUUUUUGUAUUUUUUCUUUCAAGAAAAUGCUUAUAUUUUAACAGAAGUUCGUCAGCUUACCAACAUCCUGCGUUUGUGUUUGCUACAAAAGAAAUUAUUGUUAAAAAGCAUUUUUUGCAGAUAUGAAUAUAUUUAAUAUAAGUUUACAGUCAUUUGUAAUUUAAUGAAAAACAACUUUCU